UUUUCCAUUUAUAUAAAAAUAUUUUUUAUAAUAAAAAUUUUUUUUCAUGCCUGAAUUGCGUGUAUGCCUUUAAUCUAAAAGUUAUUAACAGGUGUCUCUUCUCGAAGGCAGGUGCAAUCUAUUUAAGUGGUGUUGUUAGGCUGGGGAGACUUGGUUGGGUUACUGUAGAGUAUUGAGAGAAAAAGUUUAGGGGAAGGUUUCUAAGGAGAAAAGUUUCUUUUUUAAUUAAUAAAAAAGUUUUACAAAUUGUAAAAUUAUUUAUUAUAUUUCCAACUUGAUUGUGAAUUUAAAUUACAAUUUGUAAUUACAAACUUGAAUUAAUUCAAGUUUUAAUUAAUUCAAGUUUGUUUUUGUCAAGUUUGUAUUUUGUCAAAUUUGUGUAUUUGUUGUUAAAACUUUUUUUGUGUGAUGGACAAGUUGUAUUUUCUUUUUCAAGUUUAUUUUCUCUUCCAAGUUGUAUUUUCUCUUCCAGAUUAUUUUCUUUUUUACAAUUUCCUUUUUACAAAUUGUAAAAAGUUUAUUUAUUUUUGUUAACUACAAAUAAACUUGUGCUGACAAGUUUAUUUACUUUUACAAUUUGUAUUUUCCUUUUUUACAAUUUGUAGUUUCUUUUUACAAUUUGUAUUUUCCCUUUACAACUUUCUUUUACAAAUUGUAAAAGGUUUAUUUUUAUUAACUUAAGACCAACUUUAUUCCUUCCCUCCCAUUUCAACACCCUUUAGCAGUCGGAAAUCACCCCUAUUAACUACGCCUGUGGAAAUGGUUGGUAUUUAAUGCUGUUAAUGUGUUGUUUAGGAGAGUAUUGGAUGGAGGAAUAAUGAAUGAAGUAAAACAGAAGACUGGCAUUUUUAUAAAUUUUUUUUGUUUUUACUUGGAAAAUAGUCAAAAGCCAUGCAAUAUUUAUAAGCUCUCUCCCACACCGUCACUUGACGAUACGUUGGCAGAUGAGGUCCUACUAUCUAUUUAGCUCGCCUGAAGAGAAAAUAAUUUUUGUUGUAUUUAAA